CAGCACUUGGGAAUGGCACAGCCAGAGUGGACGCCUUGAGCUCUUCUGUGGGUGGUCUGGCUACCAGCGGUGGCGCGUCUGGGGGUACUAUGACUGUCUGUAUGUCAACCAGGGCGAAGAAAGCCGCGCGGAUACUGUAUGUGUCACUACAAGCCGGAUGGCAUAACUCUCAAGCCUGACGCCGUCCACCCAGCGAGCCAGGGUCGCGCACCCUCUCCCCCUUUGGGCUCCCCCGAGCCGGGAGUGCUUGGACGGGAACCCCAAAGUAUCGUUCGUGCGAGAACAACAGUGGUUAUUGCCUGCCAGACCGUCGCCAACACAGGCCAGCCCAUGCCUAGAGACGCUCACAUCUUGCCACUUUCAUUGGCCCCAACCAGCUACAGCCAGCUACUGCGUAUGCCCUGUACGGGCACUCACACUGCUCCAGUCAUGACUCCCCACUCUCCGUGGCGGUCCAUCCUAGGACAUGCCCACCACCACCGCAACGCGUCCUCCAUCCGGUUUGUAGUGACGCAUACGCUAUUAUGUGUGAUGCUAGUACUCACCUUCGUUAGUCUCUUCCAUAAGCUGGUCCUGUGCAGUCUCCUCCUGAGGUGGUGGGAUCAGUGCGAGGCUGGGCGGUUGCGCAGCCGCUGAUUGAGUUCGCGUUCGUUUACGAUCCAAAUCGUCCUCGCCCUCCACACUACUC